AUGAAUUCUAUUUCGGAUCCCGGUGUAGAGCAGACCAUGUUUGUCUUUUCAGUUGUUGAUUACAUGGGAAUAAAAGAAAUGGCAAUGUUACUUAUCGGGAUCCACUUAUAUAAAUAUAAGAUGGGUAACAUGUGUUGCUAUGUCCAAGUUGAGGAACGUACUGUAGCUAUUACGAAGAGGUUUGGAAGAACAAAGACCAAGGACAAUGAUUUUGUCAAUGUUAUUGCACAUGUGCAAUACCGAGUCCAUCAAGAAAGACAAUAUGAGGCCUUUUACAUGCAGAGGAAUCCAAGACGUCAGAUCCAGGGAUAUGUGCUCAAGGUGAUCGGAGCUAUGGUUGCGGUGCGAAACAUGGACGAAGUUUCUGGGCAAAGGGAUGAAAUUGCCAAAGCUAUUAUGGAAGAAAUGAAAGAGCCUGUGGGUCUCAAUGGAUAUGAGAUUCUGCAAGUCCAAAUCUGGGAUGUAAGUUUGGAUAAGGGACUUGAGCAAGCUAUGAUUGAAGCCAAGAAUGCGAAGAGGAAGGCUGAAGUGGAGAGACACGAUGGUCAAGAAGUGUCCACGUCCGCUGCUAUGUAG